AACCGCCUCUAAUUUGAUUGAUUAGAGCCUCGACUCUAUAUAAACCUUUCCCAUUACAUUACAUGACAUACCCUCAUUUCUCCACCACUGGUCAACGAAAUUUCAAGAAAAUUUGAACUCCCAUCCUCUAUUCUAAACUCCCAAAGGAAACCCAAAUCAAAUCAUCUCUCCUUCCAAACAUUAAAUGCACCCCACGGCCCACACCGAAGCUUACAACCCUUAGUCCCCCGCUCACUCCACAACGCUCCUUCUCUCUAUAAAUGCCCCCCUCAAACGCCUUCCCCCAAAGAGCACACUACCCUCUCCCUAACCUUCACUCUCAGAGAAGAGACCACAAUCCACAGAGGGAGAGAGAGCAGAGCAGAGCAGAGCAGAGCACAGCACAGCACAGCACAGUCAAGAGAGAGGAGAUAUGUCUUUGAGACGAACCCUCCUCUCCUCCGAAGAUCUCUCCAGACUCUCUCCUCAUGACUUCCACUCCUCUUCGCCGCCACCCCUUCAAUCCAAACAAGAGCAACAGCAACCCCUUUCGUCGGGCCGCUGGGCCCCCUAUUCGAACGCAGGGGAGCUCGACGUGAACCUGGCGAUGGUCCUGGUCUUCCUCGUCUGCGCCCUUGCCUGCGCUCUCGCCCUCAACGCCGCCCUCCGCUGCGCCGUCAACUUACUUGCCCGACGCGAACCCCAGAGCCGGGGCCGAGCCGGAGUCGGAUCCGGUGAAGCGGCUGAGAAGUCCCCAGCAGUGGCAGCAGCGCCGCCUGCGCUCGUGUACUCUGCGGGGAUGGGGCUGCCGGGGUCGGUGGCGGAGUGCGCCAUAUGUUUGACAGAAUUCUGCGAUGGAGAGCGCAUAAGGGUUCUUCCCAAUUGCGGCCACGGCUUCCACGCCGGGUGCGUCGAGAGGUGGCUCGCGGCUCACGUUUCUUGCCCCACCUGCCGCCGCAGCUGCCUCCCCUCCGCCACCGGUGAACCACAGUGAGGGCAAAGGCGGCUCGAGGCCCCGUAAAGUUUUGGUUGCCUUCUUUUCGCCAGGAAAAUCUGUGUCCACCGUAGGAUUUGGAGAUGGGCGCUGUUGAUGGCUUCAGAGACGAACCACCCCUGCUCUACCCCACGGCCGCUAGUCCGUGCUCACUGCGCCUGGGCCGUCGAUUUGGAGGAUCGGCGGGUGAUGGUGCAUGGGCUGAGAGAAAUGCUUUUUUGUUGGUAUUUUUUUUAAUUCUUACCACUGAUUUCAUAUGAGAUAGGUUACUUGGGAGUGUGUGGAUGAGAAUGAGAAUUGGUCGGCGUGCAUCACGUGCGUGGUGGGGACCACUGCUGUCUCUAAUGUAAUGUAAAUAGUAAAUAAGAAGGAAGGAAGGAAGGAAGGGUGAUUUUGUUGCACUUGUUUAAGGUGAGUUCGCAAAGAGGGCCGCCGCGACUCGUGUCGCAUCAGUAUCAGUGUCAGAGGUCUUUCCGUCUUUUACUUGGGAAAUUUGGCACCACGACCGGGCCCCAUCACUAUACAAAAAAUGAAACAACCGUUCUAAUUAGGAAGCCCUUGGCGGUAAAAAAAAAAAA